AACAUGCAUGAGCUAUUAAAAGAGUUCCCUGGCUGCCACUGGCUCCGAAUGAACAAGGGAGGACGGCAGGCUUCAGUCUCCGUCCCUGACCGGACCACAGCACCUUUCCACCGAAGGCUGGCUUAACUCUUUACGCACAAAAAGAUGGGUGUCCCAUCGGUUAUGGUGCUGCCGCUGCUCAUCGUGGUAUUUGCCGGAGUUUACUACGUUUACAACGAGGUCAUGCGCUUCAUGUCCAAGUCCAUGGUGAGGAACAAAGUUGUGGUGAUCACAGACGCCGUGUCGGGGAUGGGAAACGAAUGUGCCAGACUGUUUCACGAGGGCGGUGCCAGGCUGGUUUUGUGCGGGCCGAGCUGGGAUAAGCUCGAAUCUCUGUAUGAUUCUCUCUGCGGCGGAUCAGACCCCAGUAAAACUUUCACACCCAAGCUGGUGCUGCUGGACUUCAGUGAUAUGGAGAACAUUUCGGAUGUGAUCACAGAGAUUGGAGAGUGUUACGGCUGUGUGGAUGUGCUGAUAUGCAACAGCAGCAUGAAGGUCAAAGCACCGGUGCAGAAUCUCUCUCUAGAGAUGGACAAAACCGUCAUGGACGUCAACUACUUCGGCCCCACAACGCUGGCCAAAGGCGUUCUUCCGUUAAUGAUCACGAGACGGACGGGUCAGUAUGUCCUGGUCAACAGCAUCCAAGGGAAACUGGCUCUACCUUUCCGAACAUGCUACGCGGCGUCCAAGCACGCAGUCCAGGCGUUCUUUGACUGUCUGAGAGCAGAGGUGGAGGAGUACGGGAUCUCCGUCAGCACCAUCAGCCACACCUUCAUUAACGCGGUCGCAGAGAACGGCGCUCCCUCCCAAACGCCACCCCCCAACCCCCUCUGGGCCUACAUCUCCGGCAAGCUGAACACUCACGGCGUGACUCCCAGCAGCCUGGCCCAGGAGAUCGUGAGGACGGUGAACCGGCAGAAUCGAGAGGUCCUCAUGGCCCACCCCGUGCCGUGGGUCGCCCUCUACGUCCGCUCGCUGCUGCCCAGCUUCUUCUUCGCUGUGGUGGCCGCCGGCGUGAAGGACGGAGCCACGGCAGAGCAGCUCAAAUAGAGAGAGACGCCGGGCCUUCAUCAGCUUUCGGACGCGACUGGAUCGAGAGAGGAUUUUGGAUUUCUCUUUUAUCACUCCUUGCACGAGAAGAUACUGCCAGCGGACAGAAGACAAAGACAUUUUCACCAUGUUUAUGAGCUUAAAGUGUUGCAUAAAACGGCGUGAAUGACGCAUGAACUUCCUUCAGCCUCAGUACAAGCCUUCAGAACACAGACAGGAACAAGAGAGAGGAAGAAGAAAAGAAAGUUUCGAGAUAUGCAGAUGCAAACACAGAAGACUUCGAUAAAAUAAACACUUACAUGUGGA